CUUUCUGCCCUGCCACGUGCUCUGCGCACCAGACAGUUAAAUUGCAUCCCCACUCACAGUGCAUCCUUACAGCGUCUUCGGAUGUACCGUAGGGCUCGUCACAAGCUGGGGAACAGCUAAAAGCCUGGCUGCCAACAGCUCUCGGAUAGUUGCCCGCUGACUUGAAACCUCCUCCUGUGCUGAAAACCUUGCUGCAUGUGAACACAUAAUGUUGCUGGGUGGUUGUGCUUGGAGGGUAGCGAACAGCCAAGAGGAGCAGAUCUUCCCCUAGAGGCACAAAUCACCGGAGAGACCUGCUUCUGCCCAUCCAGAGAGCACACCUGGCCUGCCCAUGGCUAGCAACAACACUGCUAGCAUAGCGCAAGCCCGCAAGCUGGUGGAGCAGCUGAAGAUGGAGGCUAACAUCGACAGGAUAAAGGUGUCAAAAGCAGCAGCAGACCUGAUGGCGUACUGUGAAGCCCACGCCAAGGAGGACCCUCUAUUGACCCCUGUCCCAGCCUCAGAAAAUCCCUUUAGAGAGAAGAAGUUCUUCUGCGUGAUCCUGUAAACCCUCGAGAAGCCUGACCGGCACUCAGGCCACCCUGAACACUGAUGUAGAGUUUUUAGGAAUGGGAACAACCUGCUAGUCUGCAGAAAUUAAAACAAAAAUAAGUAAAAAUACAUGGCCUGGAAGCUACAGAGAUGUGCAUGUUUAAAGAACCUGGCCACCUUUGGGGGAAUAAGAUGAUCUGCAUUGCGAGGCAAAAGAUCUGAAGUCUGUAGAGUUGCCUAGAAAGAAAAAAAAAACAUGUAAAGAAUAAAUUUGUGUCACUUUUCUGCUCACAAAAUUGUUCAAUUGUUCCAUAUUUAAAGCACCAGAGCUGUGCUGAGCAAAGUAACUGCUAAGGAUGUGUAUAACCUUCUUGGAAUGAUAUUGUUGGUUUCUUUCCAAAAUAUUAUUUUUUAUUUAAGUUGUCAGAUAUAUAGCGACAGGUUAGAUGACUAUGAUGUUACUCAAUGUUCGGUCUUGUGCUUUUUAAUUUCUGGCGGUAGGGUAGCACAGGGGUUGAGCAGUCCCACGGUGGGUUAGCAAGGACGCCGGCAGCUCCUGCCUGCCCCCCACGUGCUGGCAGCUCCAUGUUUCUAGUGAACCCCACUUUCUUACAUUUUGUAUAUGGUUAGCUUCGCUCUGCAAGUAAAAGUGAAUCAUGUGUUGUGGUUGGUGCUUCAUACUCCUGUGACGACGUUCGGUGGUAGUGCAUGAACGUUUAUCUCUGUUCAUCUGCUCCAGACUUUUCUUUUCUAUUGUUUGACACCACGUGCUGGUGGAAGAAGCUGUAGGGAGGAAACCAAGGUGAUUCUGAAAGCAAAGACAACUCCUGCGAUGCCUUAGACGUGCUUGAAAUACCUCCUGUGUUAGGGUAGGUGCCAGCCCCCCAGGCACGGUGGCUCGGGGUGGCCCUUGCCCCAGGUGUCACAGGGUAGCUAGAAAUCUGAAAAUCAAAGUCGACCACUUCUUUCCGGGUCUUUCCUCUUCUCCUACACCUCUGUGCCUCUGCCCUCCUCGCUUGGUCUGUGUCCUGCCCUUUCAGCUUCCCAGCAGCAUCUCCUCCUCUUGGGGCUGGGCUGGGAUGCUGCCCCAUGGGUGGAUGCUAUACUACCAUGGGAUGCUGCCCCGCAGUGGGAUGCUGCCCUGUGGUGGAAUGCUUCUGCCCCUUCCUGCACCCAUCAGCUCUCCUGUUCCUGCUGCUACCCUGCCACAAUAGGUAGGGGCAGGGGAGCAGCGUGGGGAGCCGUGGGGCCACCCCUUCACGGAGGUGCCUGAUACCCUGUUUACAUGCAGCCUGAACUCUGCGUCAGGCUGGGGAGUUAUUCCCAGGUCCAGUUCAUCCACCAUCAGCGUUUUGGGGGGACACAUGCCACCUUUUUUGGGUCCGCCUGAGGUUAAUAAUUUUGCGGACGUGGCUUGCCUCUCCUUUCCACUGCUGAACACCUCCUGGCUUUCCCUGCUUGUCCACACUCCUGGGAAACUUUGGGAAUCAUAACUUGGGGAUCUGUGAACAAAGUUAGGUGGGUAUCACAUAGGGGGGUUGGGGUCUGCAGUGACCCCACUAAACUGUAGUUCUGAAUCAGGUAUCAGCUUAAAAAUCCCUGUGGAUUCAAGAGGGCAAUAGUCUUUAGGUACCUUUCGGUGAAUCUUUCUAGCCCGUAACAAGUGCAUUUUGAUUUUUCUACCUUUUCAUACUCUUUUUCUAGUCUUCUACAGAGAAGACCAGUUGUUCUUAAACUGGACUCAAAACUUUUGGCAUCUGGGAAUGUUUAUAUGACACGAAUAGCCUAGAUGGUCCCUGGCUUCCCAUGGUGGCUUUUGCGCCUCCCCCCACCCCCCGCCCUGCCCCGUUUCAAUCUUUUUACUACAGCUCACGUAGCUUUAGGAUGAAGGACGGAUGAAGUCAUUUGCUCUACAGCUGGUUUCACUCUUGGUGUUACAAGGCAGACGUGUAAAUACCCCGUCCUGGGUUUGUCUUUUCUUUUUAAUGCUGAUUGACCGUCACAGAGAGUGAAGCGUAGCCAGUCUGACCCGGGGCUUACACCCCAACCCUUCUCAAAUGCUGUCACGAAGUGGUUUGUAAUAAUUUUUUUAACUACUUGCAUAUUUUACAACUUGAAUUCUUAAUAAAUAAAUGAAGAAAUAAAGCUGCAUGAAGAGUAUGGGGCAGGGGGGAAGGGGGGAGGAAUUUUGAAUUAGCCUAAACUACUCAUUGAAGGUGUUUUACGUUGCUGGUCUUUAUUUUAUGUUGGUAAUGGUGUUGACAUUGGUGUGCUGCCAGGUAUUUCACCCCAGUAUUUGUAUUUACACAGAUACGCCCUUGUUAGCCAAGUAGAGAUCACCUGCCAAGACCGUUUCCCCCACCCCCCCACCCCCCCGCAACAAAAAUACCAGCCAUCUCUCCAUCCUGAUGCUGUAUUUCCAGCGUGGUAUCAAAUGACAUUCAACUCUACCCCCAGGCUUUUAAAGAAAAAUAUCUGGAGUACUGGAAAAGGACUUUUUUUUUUUUUUCUGCCAAGGUUGCUGGUGGCGGGGCAAGUCUGUCCCUCUGGUGCCAACCUGCUGUUGCCAGGCUUUUGGGGAGGGGGUGGCUGUAACCGAAAGCCAGUGCGGGGAGGUCGGCGUUGUGAUGUAGCGCAUCCCCAUCCCACGUGGUCUGUGUAUUCGUUGGAAAUAAAAUUUUUGAUUUGUUUCAA